ACAACGAUUCACGACAUGAUUACCAUGUUUACGGCAUUCCAAGAUAAAAUACAGUAAACACACAUUUACUGACUGGCUUAUAAAGUUUUCAAACUGAGGCUCUGUAGAUCUAAUUAAGGAACAUCUAAUAGGGAAGCAGCUUGGAAUCAUCUCAAAUGCUCCUUUGCCACCUUGCCUCCAGGUCCCUAGCUCCUCGGUUGAGUGAUGCAGUCAGGGCCCGUCCACCUUCCUCAAGGCCUUUGGUUGAGAUGGUGCGGUACAAUUCAGACAUGGCCAAGUUCCGGGAGGUGUUCUCUAAGGCCAAGCACAUCGCCAUCAUCACAGGGGCAGGUGUCAGUGCCGAAAGUGGUAUUCCCACCUUCAGGGGUGCUGGGGGCCUCUGGCGGAAAUGGAAAGCACAGGACCUGGCCACUCCAGAGGCCUUCUCUAGGGACCCGUCCCGCGUCUGGGAGUUCUACCAUCACCGGCGCGAGGUGGCCCUGAGCAAGAUCCCCAACCCGGCACACUACGCCAUCGCCGAGUGCGAGGCGCGCCUCAGCAAGCAGGGCCGCUCCGUGGUGGUCAUCACCCAGAACAUCGACGAACUCCACACCAGAGCUGGCUCCAAACACGUGCUAGAGAUCCAUGGUAAUUUGUUCAAGACCCGCUGUAUCAGCUGUGGAAGUAUAAAAGCCAAUCACAAGAGCCCCAUCUGUCCGGCGCUGCUGGGCAAAGGUGCACCUGACCCAGUAACCAGUGAUGCCCGCAUUCCUGUCAAUGAUUUGCCCAGGUGCGAGGACAGUGGCUGCAAUGGUCUGCUGCGACCUGAUGUGGUCUGGUUUGGAGAGACCCUGGACUCCAAUGUUCUGACGCAGGUGGAGAAGGAGCUAGACAUGUGUGACCUCUGCCUGGUGGUGGGCACGUCCUCAGUGGUGUACCCGGCGGCGAUGUUUGGCCCACAGGUGGCAUCACGGAGAAUUCCCGUGGUUGAAUUCAACACCAACAUCACCCCCAAAACCACCUACUUCACACAUCACAUUCGAGGGCCAUGCGGAACAACGCUGCCUCUUGCCCUAGCACGUCAUGGGUCGGAGGUCAUCUGACGACUCACGCACCUGAAGCCAGAGGACAUUGACCCCUCAUGGUCACUGGAGCUGCACAAAUACACCUCGUCUCUCUGGACAACUGGAAAGCUAUUUCAACUGCCUUAUUCAUCAGACUUUGCCAAUUUUGUCAUUGGAGACAUUCUCCAGUUUUAGGAAUAGCUUCUAUUUCGUGGCCUUAACUUGAAUGGGAUGUGGGACUGUGGUAGAGGGGUUUAACAGUGGGUUUGUAGUGUGAUAAAAUGUAGUAUGCAGAGCUGUAUUUAUUUUUUUGUAGGGUGAAUGAGGGAACUGCUGUCAUCUCACAUGAGCUGGUACUGUCACAUUACAUUUAAUGCUGUCAUCUCUUAUCAUAGGUGCUGGGACGCGUUUUGGUGUCUUCUAGUUUUACACUGCUACUCUUAUGUUGUAUAUCAGUGCAGACUGUGCAUUAGAGACUAUUCACAGGAUAUUAACAGUCAUGAUUUUCAAGUGCUGCUUCUGCAAAGGGAGAUUAAAAAGUCUGCCAUAGCUAUGUGGUUAGACCCACUCAGUUCGCAGGGUGACUUGUAAGGAUGGUACGUACUGAGAGCUUCAACAAUCAGUCUGGAAGUGACAAAGCAAAGUGUGUCAUUAUCUGUGCAUGGGAUAUGCAAGGGAUCAGCCAGGCAGUGCAGCUUUAAAUGCCAUGCAAUGGCUAGUUACAUAAACACAAUGCACUUUCAAAGCAGUUUACAGUUAUUGCCUUACUCUUGAUUAACCAAACAUUGUAUGGAGCACUUUGUGUAAUGGAGGAACGAUAUGAAUUGAUAACAAAUGGAAUGACAGAGGAAGCCAUGGAGGCUUUCUAAAUGAGUACCAAAACCCCAGGAGAUUAAGAGGAGGGGGUGGGGAUCCUUUCACACUGCUACGUUUCUAUGUCCGGAUCAUUCUGUUACAUUCCAAACCUUAGUAAAAACUGGAGGAUCUCUAUACUGGUCUAAAGAGGUGACCAAAGUGCCAAUAUUGCCUUUAUAUAUAUAU